CCCGCCCACCCAGGAAGCGGCGUUCCUGAUUGGCAGAGAGUUUCUGACAGGUUGACAUUUCCUUGUAACUUUAGGACGGGAACGAUAGUACAAACAUCUACCACCGACUCAUAAAAAAGGAAGAUGGCCGAGUUUCGCGGCGAUGGUGACAUGCAGGGUGAAGAGGAUGCAGUGGAUGCCUUUAAAAUGUUUCCAAAGAGGCCGGCUGGAGGGUCCACAGGCAGUGGUAACACUGUUGAGGAAACGGACUCCGCCCCCAUCAGCGACACUAAAGCAGCACGUUCUGACCCUUACCGCUACAAGAUGGACUACUCCUGCCUCGGAACCUGUCUGAUCAUCAACAAUAAGAACUUCCACAGAAGCACACAGAUGAGUACUCGCAAUGGGACGGAUGUUGAUGCUGCUGCUGCCGUGAAGAUCUUCUCUGGUCUGGGUUAUAAGAUUAGAUUUUUCAAUGACCAGACUGUGAAACAGAUGAAACAACUGAUGUUAAGCGUAUCCCAGGAGGACCACAGUAGGAGUGCAUCAUUUGCGUGUGUGUUGCUCAGUCAUGGAGAUGAGGGGGUGAUAUUUGGAACUGACGGCCCAGAGAAGUUUGAAAACCUGACAAAAUACUUUAAAGGAGAUUGCUGCAAGAGUCUGGUCGGGAAACCAAAACUCUUUUUCAUACAGGCGUGCCGUGGUUCGGACCUGGAUGCCGGAGCCCACAUUGAGACUGACAGUGUAGAUGAGCAAACAUCAGAGAGGAUUCCUGUGGAGGCAGAUUUCCUGUAUGCUUAUUCUACUGCUCCAGGCUACUACUCAUGGAGAAACACAUCCGACGGCUCCUGGUUCAUGCAGGCUUUGUGUGAGAUGUUGCACCGUUACGGCGGAGAGCUGGAGCUGAUGCAGAUCAUGACCCGGGUCAACCGCAUGGUGGCGCUCCACUUUGAGUCUUCUUCCAACCUGCCUGGAUUUAGUGGCAAGAAGCAGAUUCCCUGUAUUGUGUCAAUGCUGACCAAAGACUUCUACUUUCCUGCCAAGUGCUGAAGUUUUGUGAUUAAUCGCAUACUUCGUGUGAAACAAGAUAACGUUUUAUUCUGACUACAAAGAGAACCAAAAUGCACCGUCAACAUUAGGAAAAGAGGGAACAGAUCAGCAAGGUUUAUGUGGAGUCUGAGCAGUUUUUUGUGAUAUGUUGAGUCUUUUAGGAAAACCUGAAUCAGUUUUAAGUCUGUCAUUGAUCACCGAAGAUCAGAAACAGAUACUAAAAGGUGUUAGGAGUCUUGGCACCAUUUCCAGGGAUGCCUUUUCAAUAAGCCUGUGAACACUGGCAGGGAUGUGGAAAAGUGGACUUUACUACAUCUGGAGUAACUGCACAAACACGGUAUAUUUAUAGCAUGAACAGUUAGUUUACAUCAUGCAACUUGUCUGCUUUUUAGCAGUUUUUGAAUGAAAUAAAUGCACAGGCACAGAUAGAUGACUGUGACUGUGUCCUUAUAGGUUUGAAAGCUUCUGAGUCUCAAAUCACUGAUCACAUGAAAAAUAAAUUCAGAUUAUUUGACCAUGAAAAAGCUUUUAGAACUGAUCACUGUCUCUUCAGAAAUGUAACAAUGUUGCUGUGUGAUGAUUUUAAAUCUGCCACCACAAUAAUAGUAUUAGGCUAACAAUGAAUACUCUAAAUGUGAAUAGUGUAGUAGAAUAUCUAGAACAUGUCUUUCCUUUUUCAUGUGAUCAUGGCUCUAGGUGUUAUAGUUCUUGUUUUUAUGUACUACUAAAUUCAACUCAAACUCUGUGGAUGUUAAUGCCUUUAUCAGGAAUUGUUAAUAUAUAGAGAUUUAUUUGGUAUUAAUAAAGAUAAACACAAGACCAGUCA